AUGGACAUGGAAUACGCCAACAUCAAUGAAUUUAAUGACCGCGACCUAGCGACAGGCAUGCGCAACAGCAAUUAUGAAAAAUACAAGUCUCUGGUGCGCAUGCACCGAUUUAUGGGUUGCAGGUUCGACAUGCCGUGCCAUGAAGUCGUCUACGAAGAUAAGGGCAAGAUAAAGAAGUGGAAUCGCCUCUCCAAGAAGAAUCGCGGACCUGCCACAGGCUGCACGGCUGGGGCAGGCAGUAAGUCGGCGGGCAACAGUCCCACUGAAACGCUGCAGCAACAAAUUGAUGCAGGCUUUCUGAUGCACCUGGAGGAGCUCAAAGAGUUUCUUAUGCUGGAGAAGAAUCUCACCCAGGAAGGACUAUUUCGCAAGACAGGAGCCGUUUCCAGGCAGAACGAGCUACGAAUGCACAUACAGCACGACCAGCCCUUGGAUUUGGAACUGAAAGGAUUCUCGGCUCACGACUAUAGCGCCGCUUAG